AUGGCGCUCUACAGGUUGAGCUGCCUGUUGAGCUUGCUGCCUUUUGCUGUUGGGUAUGUCAAACUGGGCAAGCACAUUGUGAAAUACACAGAAGAUAAGUUGAAGUACAUUCUGAACCGCGAAGAUCGUCCUUCCAUGCUUUUGGAGAUCUUCUCUCCAACGUGUCCAGCGUGCGAAGCCUUUGCGCCUCACAUGUCAAAUGCUGCUGAACGCAUCAAGCGAGAAGCUCCAGACAUCAAAGUCGUCGCUGUUGAUGGCACAGAAGCAGAGUCCAUCAUGAAGGAACUGGGGACUCAGGAGUUUCCAUCAGUUUUCUAUUUAGGCAGUGACAAGACAAAGGCUCGGAUGGAGUUCAAGGAAGCCAACUCCGCAGAUGCUAUCGUUAGCUGGACCCUCAGGGUGUCUGCCCCGACAAUCCAGAAUAUCAGCGAUGAUUCCGAGCUGCCAACCUUGGACCCAACUUCCCUUCCGCAUUUGGUGCUACGCUCACCCAGCAUGGUCCCGGCGUUCGCAUCUCUGGCGCAAGACCUCAAGCUGACAUUUCGUGCUUUCUGGAUAAAGACGGAGGUGUCGCCCGCAGUAUCGCAAAUCCUGCAUGCCGGCCAAGAUGCACACAACUUUACUUGGACCGACCCGCGGGCAGACAGCCUAGACGACGAUGGAGAGCUAUUUGAGGCUUUCGUCAAAGACAACCUCCAGCCGGCGGUCAUCAUGAUAUCAGACACCAAAAAGGUGAACCGGAUUCUUGAUCGACUCGAGUCUGACGCGCAGCUGCUCUGGUUGGUCUUGAACUCCACCGGCCAGGCUUCUCCGGCAAGCGAAAAAUCUUGUGGUUCAGACGAGCUAGCCUGUUCGGCUGCUGGUCCGUCGGUGGCCGCCGAUGCGUCGUCAGAUGCCCUACAGCGGGCAUUUGCGCCACACAAGAGAAUGUUCCAACGAGCCAUCGCCACUGCAAGAGACAAGAAAAAGGUGUAUGGUCUGUACAUUGACAUCGCCAAAUGGCCGGACUGGGUCGAGAAGGAGCUUUACGCCUGGACGGCACCAGUUCUUGUGGCGCAGCGAUUCCGACACGGCCCUCGAUAUUUCUUUGCAGACAGCGGGCUUCCGGCCAAUGCAAGGCAGCUGACUGAGUGGUACAACGGACUCCUCUCAAGGACACCACGACAGAUGUCCGAGCGACCGCAGGCCACACCCUCCGGAAAGCUCUGGAGAAAGUUUGUCAACCUCGGAUUGGAGGAUGCGUUGCGUGCACAGCCAGCCACCCUCUUGUACACCUUCAAGUCGCCAGAUAGCCUCUCCCAGGAGCAGGAGGUUAUCGACCUCGAGGAUGAAAUGGAAGCAUUGGACACGCUAGCUGCCUGGCUCAGCGAGAACUGCGAGAGGCCACCGCUCCUGGGAGCUUUGGACGUGCGCCGCAACGAAGUCCCCUUGAGCCUCUAUGCUGCUGCAAGCAUAGGCGGUCUCGCAGCACCGAACUUGUAUCUCAUCGAGAGUGACGAAGGCAAGCCAUCCAUGGGAGUGAGAUGGGCGGGCGAAGUCAGCGAGUUUGUAGAUCGAACGGUCCGAGCUCAAGAUGAUCAACUUGCUCAGCGGGAAAGUGCUCUGACAAAGGAUUUUCGAGGCGUCAUCCAGUGGAUUGUGGCAAAGGCUCGCGGUCUGCCAUCAUUGAAGAUGCCAAGCAAUCCAGAUUUAUCCAAGUUCGGCACUGUCUCCUCCGCUAGAGUCAUAAACCUUGAGUCGGAAGCUUCAUUACAGGAUUUGCUGCACAAGAACAUGUCCGGUUUUGUGGAGUUUUUCUCUCCUUCCUGUGGAGCGUGCAAGAAGUUUGCACCCGUCUAUGAGUCAGCUGCAAGAAAGGCACAAGCUAGCAAGGCACAUCACGCUUUCGCCCGGAUUGACUGUUCGACGACUUUGGGCGAGCAGUGCUGUAACAUGCGCAACAUCGAGGCAUACCCAUCCGUUUUCUUUAUGCAGGGCGGUAGGCUGGAGAAGUAUCCAGGAGGUUCAAAAAGGAAAGAUCUGCUGGACUACCUCGCAGUGAUGACAGAGCCAGCUGCGGUUGAUGUCUCCAGUGAGGAGGAGGCUUGGGCCAUCGUGAAAUCCAAGCAGAAGCCCGUAAUCUUUUGGCGAGGGGGCAGCACGGCGAACUACACCACCGUGAAAGAAGUUGCCAUGGACUGGCGGCAACAAGCAAGGCUUGCGAAUCUCCGUACCCCAGACGACACUGCUAGCCUGGUGCUGCUCUGGCCUGGCACAGCCAAAAAGAUGUCAGUGUACCAGCCUUAUGAGUCCGACGAGCCAUACUCGAGUGAUUCUUUGGGGAUCUGGCUCGCGGAGCAGUUCGUCAAAUCGGAGCCGCCGCCAGCGACACAGCCAGAGCUUGUAAAGACCGUAGUUGGCAUGACUUUCAGAGAUAUGGUGUUCGGUCCGCUGGAUCAGGGCCAGCAUGUCAUGUUGGAAGUUUACGCUCCAUGGUGUGGUCACUGCAAGAAGCUUGCGCCCGAGUAUGAGAGGUUUGCAAGAAAAAUGGCAGAUGAGGGAAGGACUAUCGUGGUUGCAAAGCUGAACGGAGACGCAAAUGGGAUUCCGUAUGGUGGCUUUGAGUACACCGGCUAUCCUACAAUUUUUUAUCUGGCGCCUGGUUCCGCGGAUAUUGUCAAGCUUUCGGAGCGAACGGCCGAGGACUUGCACAACUUUGUUCGCAAGAACAGGGUGCCGACCAAGCCCAAAGCCGAAGACAAUGAGGUCAAGUCGAAGGUUGGCAUGGACAAGAUGCUUGAGAACUUUCGGUCGGAGGACAUCCCAGUGCAGCAGACCAGUCCGGUGGUGACUGUGGUGCUGAAGAAUUUCAUUGAGACGGUUUUCAGUGACAUCCGCCAUUGCAUGUUGAUGCUGUAUGCUAAAGGUUGUCCACACUGCCAGAAUAUGAUGCCCUUGUUGGAUUCCUUUGCAUCCGUUGUGGCGCACAGGGAGGACCUUUCUGUUGCCAAGAUGGACGGUCAAGCGAAUGAUUUGCCAAUUAGCGGAUUCGACGCGAAGGCUUGGCCCGGCUCUUGCUUUUGCUCUUCCGGGCUGAAACGCCGAGCGUGCGGCAGUAGGGCACUUUCCGUCCAGGGAUACCCGACGCUCUUCUUCAUCGAGGCAGGGCAGAAGGCAGGGCCCAACUUCAGAGGGGCAAGCAAUGCAGAUGAGCUGCCGGCCAAGAGUUGCGCACCAAAGAAGGGAAGCCACUUCCAGGAGCCGGCGAAGAGCUUCAUUGGUAGCAACGCUUUAUCGCAGAUGCAGCAGUACCUGGAGGCUUCGGGCCUCGCCUCAAGCAUGGGUUGGGGCGGCGGUGGCAAGGACUGGGGCGGCGGUGGCGGCAAGGAUUGGGGCGGUGGAGGUGGCAAGGAUUGGGGUGGCGGAGGUGGCAAGGAUUGGGGUGGUGGUGGCGGCAAGGACUGGGGUGGUGGUGGAAAGGACUGGGGAAACAGCUAUGGAGCAGGCUGCAAGGGAGGUGGAGCUUGCGGGGGAUAUGGAGGAGGAUCUGGUGGAUGUGCCAGCUUCGGUGGCUACGACAAAGGCGGCGGCAAAGGAUUUGCAGGCGGAAGUGGAGGCAAAAGCUUCAGCGGUGGAGGAUGUGGCAAAGGUUACAGCAGCUACAGCAGUGGGCCUGGAUGUGGAGGCAAGGGCUAUGCUGGCUGCGGAAGCAACUGGGGAGGCUACGGUGUGUGGCAGCCCAUGUUUAACCCCAUGAUGAAAGGCUUUGGCAAGGGUGGUCUCAGAACCUUCGCGAACGACCGAAAGGUGUUCAUUGGGGGCUUGCCACCGGACAACUGCAGUGUAGAGCUCAACAAGAAGCUCAAGGAACACAUGUGCACUGCGGGGCCUGUCUGUCUCUAUGCAGAGGUUGCCAGAAAUGGGAGUGGAGGUGCAGCCUUCAAAUCCAGUGAGGAUGCGGCUGCCGCAAUCGAGGCAUUGAACGGCUCCGUUUUCGACGGCAUCACGCUGUCAGUUGACAGCUGGGGCUUCAAGAAGCUUGCGAUGGUUUCACAAUCGGAGUUGCGGUCGGAAGAGCGACAAGACGGGAGCGAGACCUUGGGAGCCAAGCUUUCGCUUGCAGAAUCGGACAAGGCAGCUUUGGAGAAGGAGAAGCUGGAGCUGCAGAGUCAGCUCAAUUCCCUUGAAACUCAGAUUUCUGCGCGAGUCGCAGAAGUCGAGGCAAUUCGGGCACAGGUCGCAGAGGCUGCAGCCACAGGUGCAUCUGACCCUAUGGGCUUUGAAGCCGGCGCCCGUGCCUUGGAGGCGGCAGAUGUGGAGGAGCUUGCGGCCAGCUGGAAGGAGCAUGGCCAGAAGGCUGUAGAUGACGCACAGGCCCGGGCGGCUGCCGUAAAGCAGCACACGACAGAGGAGCUUGAUCGGCUCGUGCAGAGAUUCAUGGAGCUGGUGCAGCAGGUGCAGGAUUCGGAGGCCUAUCAGUCCACGGCACUGAACCUCCAAUCAGCAGCAGAACAGGGCAUGGCAUCAGCCUCCCAGGCAAUGGCCCAGGCAACGGCAGCUGCCGAAGGAUUCCAAGAACGAGCAGCAUCUACGAAUGUCCGCUCCCUCGUGGAACAGGGCGUGGCAUCAGCUUCCGAGGCAGCUGCCCAGGCAAUGCGACGAGAUCCGUAG